AUGAACAAAUCUGCAAGAUCUCCACCAUCUAAGAUGCGCAAGGUUGAUAGAAAAGAAAACCAAUUCAACUCAGGAAAAGAAAUAAAACUGGCAGUAGUUCAAGGUAGUUUUCACCAAGGAGAUCCCAGGUUUGGAAGAAAUAGUGGAAAGCAAUGUGUUGCUAAUAGUUUGUCAGCAAUUGCUCACAGCAAAUUGAAAGAUGUAGAUAAAUGGGAUCAGGCAUAUCUGGAUAAUGUCUUAAUUGAGGGAAAUGAGAUCUAUACGUGGAUUCAUGGAACAAAUGAUUUGUUGCUAAUGUCAGAUCUACCAGAAAUGAUUGAAAUAUCUGAAAAAAUGAUGCAUGUUAGGAAAAAAGACUCAAUCACAGCAACAAUAGACACUACUGGAACCAUUGAUUUCAGUGCUUUUGAUAAUUGUCUGCCUCUAGAUCUUGCAAUACAAGAAGCACUUUUAGACUCUGAUGGUUGUUUCAUAUGUGCCAUUGAUAAAACCUUUAUGGUAAUGAAGUUUAACCAUAGUUUCUAUCUGUUUGAUUCUCAUGCAAGAAAUAGCUUUGGUUUAGUAGAUGGAAAUGGGAAAAGUUUACUGAUGCAGUUACAGAAUUUGGACCAUUUAUAUCAUUACUGUUGUAAUUUGGUGCAAGGAGUAAGUCAGUCAAACCAAUGGUUUGAAGUCACAGGUGUAAGUGUAACAAUGGAAGAUUCUCCAGCUGAAACUUUCUUGAACAGCCAGGAUGUAGUCCAUCAACAUUUACCAGAUACCUUAACACGAAAUGAAAACCAUGUAGAAGAGAUGCAAGAUGAUUCCCCAAGAAACCAAUCUUCAGAUUUUGCUAUUAUAUCUGAAAAAAAAGAUGGACAUAAAAAAGUUGAGAUUAUAUCAGAAGAUGAGGUUCACGAUCAUUCUAAUGAAUGUGUAAGAAACCUGUUGUCAGACGAAGACAUUCUGUUUGAAAAUGAAACGUGUCAGAGUUAUGAAUUUAUACCUCUCUCAAUUAGAACAAAAAAGAAAUUAUGUUCUUUAAUGAAAAUCCCUUCUAAUCAGUGUAAAGGGCAAUCUGAUGUUGCAAGCAAAUUGGGACCCCCUAAAGCGACCAAAGAAAUAGGAAAGGAUGGAAACUGUCUCUUUCGGGCAAUUUCAUAUGCCCUAUCAAAUAGACAGCAGCAUUAUCAAAAUGUUAGAAAAUCAAUCGUCAAUCAUAUGAAAAAUUCUGCCGAGACUUUAAAAUCCUUUUUAAGGCCACAGUAUGAAUCUAUGCAGAAUUACAUCAGAAUCUCUGGAAUGGAAAACGACACCACUUGGGGGACCGAACUCGAAAUUUUAGCCGCAGCAGAUCUAUUGAAAACAGACAUCUUUACUUAUCUGAAUGGGUCUUGGGUGAAAUACUCAUCUACUCAAAUAUGCAGUAGCAAUGAAGUGAACAAAGAAGCUAUUUACUUAAAAAACAAUAGCAACAUCAAUCAUUAUGAAUGUGUCACAUCUGUCAAUGUAGCACAAAGUGGUUUGAAAGCUAGAGAUUCACGACCAAGAAAAAAGAAGCAAAAUUUGAAUAGUAAGAAAUCUGUGAAUAUUUCAGCUACAAAACUAACACAAAUGGAUAGUUUGGACAUUGAGUCAGACAAUGAAGAAAAAGAAAUAGUAAGAAAACGUACAGCAAACUCUUACGAAAAUGAUGAGGAAUAUAGAGAAAGUGUGAAGAAUGCAAGCAAGGAGAAAUAUAAAAAGAAGGCCGAUUUCAGAGAAAAAGUCAAGUUUGCAAGCAAAACAAAAUAUGAAACUGACGAAAAGCACAAACAGAAAAUAAAAGAGCAGGUGUCUGAGCGCAGAAGUAUUCAGAAAGAGGAAUGUAAACAAUUUCAAAACGUGAUUAUGAAAUUCAGAAAUGAAGUUAAAAAUGGACCCGAAUAUGUGUGUGCUUGUUGUCUUCGUCUAUGUUUUGAAAAGCAAGUUCUCUCCUGUUCUAAAGAGAAAUACGACAAAUUUUUGUUUGAAGUUUGUAUUUCCGAGAAAUAUUUGCACAAGUGUGAAAAUGACUGUACAUCAGGAUGUGUUUAUCAAGGGAAAAGUAGGAAAGACAUGUGGAUUUGCCACACUUGUCACAGAAAACUUUUAAAAGGUGACGUACCGGGAGAUUCCUUUUCAAAUAAUCUUGAGUUGGAAGAAGUUCCAAUGGAGCUUAGUUGCCUUAAUACAUUAGAACAACAACUGAUAGCUUUGAAUAUUCCUUUCAUGAAAAUACUUGGUUUGCCAAAAGGAGGUCAAAAGGGCGUACACGGUCCUGUUGUAUGUGUCCCAUCUGAUAUUCAAAAAAUAACAUCAACUUUGCCGAGAUCAGAAGAUGAAAAUCUCUUACUCAAAGUGAAAUUAAAGAGAAAGUUGAAUUACAAAGGAUACGAAGAGUAUCAGUUUGUGAAUACAACACAUUUGGAAAAAGCUUUGCAGUUUUUAAAGAGAAACAAUUCAUGGUAUUCUGAAAUUUCAGUAAAUGAAAAUUGGCUCAAUCCUAUUCCAGAAGAAAAUGAAUCAGAUGAAUACAUGAAUUCUGAUAUUUUAUCUGUAACUGACGAAAGAACUACAAAUUCGAACGCUGAUUAUUCAGAUGACAAUGGAGAAUGUAGAACUGCGAGCAUGGAAACUGAGUCCGAUUCAUUUCUUGACGAGAGACUUCAAGGUGUUCAGUUAGAUACUUGCUUACAGCCUGCUGACAUUGGACAAAAUGUGUUAGAUUUAUGCUUUGACAAAGUGUUUGAAAUUUCACCAGCAGAAGGAAACAAUCCAGUUUCAGUUCUUCGAGAGGAUGGUAUUGAAGCCAAAACCUUUCCUGUUCAUUUUCCGACUGGAAAAAGCACUUACUCGGAAGAAAGAUCUGAAAAAUUAACUCUUGCAAGAUACUUUAAUCUUCGGUUGACAAGUGUUGAAAAUAGAUUCGCGAGAGACACAUCUUACAUUUUUUUCAGUCAGUACCUAUCUGAAUUGAACAGAGUAAUUUCAAAUGUUCAGAUUUCUUUAAGAAAAGAAUCUGCAUUUUCCGACGAUGGCAAAAAAAUUAGUGGUGAAAUGCUAUGUGACAAGAAAACUUUGAAAGAACUCUUUAAAAAAGACGAGGCAGUCAAAUUUCUAAAACCUGUAAGAGGAACUCCGCCAUACUGGCAAGCUGCACAAAAAGAUAUUUUUGCUAUGAUACGACAGUUGGGAAUACCUCAGUUUUUUUGCUCCUUUUCAUCAGCAGAUUUUAGAUGGCCAGAAAUUGUUGAAACGAUACUGAAACAGCAGGGUGAUUUACGAAAGCUGGAAGAACUUUCAUGGAACGAUAAGUGUAAAAUUCUCCGCAGUAACCCAGUUACAGCAGCUCGAAUGUUUGAUCAAAGAUUUCACACUUUUUUGAAAGAUGUUAUCAUGUCAGAUGCUGAACCAAUAGGAAAAGUAGUCGACUAUUUCUACAGAGUUGAAUUUCAGCAAAGGGGUUCUCCGCAUACACAUUGCUUAUUUUGGAUUGAAGGUGCUCCAAAAUUUGAGGAAGACUCUGAAACUGACGUUGUUAAAUUUAUUGAUCGAUAUGUUACAUGUCAAAUACCAGGUGAAAACGAAGAUCAAGAAAUGCACGACAUUGUUAUGGCGGUGCAGCAGCAUAGCAAAAAUCACUCAAAGUCUUGCAAAAAGAAAGGAACAGUAUGCAGAUUCAACUUCCCAAGACCACCAUCUGAGAGAACUUUUAUUUCAAAACCACAAGACAAGAUGGAAGAAAAUGACGAAAAGCUAGCGAAAGAACGAUUGUCACUUCUUUGGGAUGCAGUAAAAUCUAAUGAAGAUGAAAGCGCUUCAAGUUCAGAUUUAUUACAGAAGGCAGGGUUGACUCAAAAGGAGUUUGAGAAAUGUUUCAGUUUCAUAACAAAAAGAAACACAGUUGUGCUGCAAAGACAACCAAAUGAGCUUUUCAUAAAUCAAUACAACAUGCACCUUCUAAGAGCUUGGAAUGCUAACAUGGAUAUUCAAUAUGUUUUAGAUGCAUAUUCGUGUGUAGUCUAUAUCAUAAGCUAUAUUAGCAAAGCUGAACGUGAACUUGGACUUCUGCUGCAACAAACAAAAAAUGAGGCUGUUGAAGGAAAUCUAAAUGCUCAAGAUGCUAUGAAAAAAGUUGGUACCGCUUAUUUACACCACAGGGAAAUUAGUGCACAAGAAGCUGUUUACAGGGUGAUAGGAUUGAGGUUGAAAGAAUGCUCAAGAAAGGUUGAAUUUAUUCCUGUUGGUGAAAACCCAUGUAGAAUGAGUAUCCCUUUGAAAGAGGUAAAAAAGAAACAAAACAUAUCAAAGAUGAAAGAACAAAUUCAGUCUUGUGAAGAACAACACAUCCACGGAAGUAAUGAUGAUAUAUGGCUGACAAAUGCUAUAGACAGGUAUGAGGGACGACCAGAAAACGAUAUUUUUCAGAAAAUGUGCCUUGCAACGUUCUGUUCAGAGUUUUCUGUUGUUUAUGAAUCAAGGUUACCAAAGAAGAUCAAUGAAGAAACGACAUUUAAGCUGAACAACAACUUAGGGUACAUUAGAAAAAGAACUAAGACGCAACCGGCAGUUAUCAGAUACCCAAGAUUUUCAAUAGAAACGGCGGAGGAAAAAUACUAUCAAAGUAUUCUACAACUAUAUCUUCCACACAGAGAGAAGUCACAACUGAAACCCAAACAAUUUGAAACUUAUGAGAAUUUCUACGAAACAGGGUAUGUAAAAUAUCCAGGCGAGGACACCUUAUUGUCAGUAAAAGAAAUUGUAGACAGUAAUAUGUCAAAUUUUGUAAAAGAAGGACAAACAUUAGAAGAAGCUGAAAGAGUUUUUGAAGCACAAGGACCUCAAGAUGAUGCAUGGUGUGAAAUUUGUCCAGAAACAGAGGUGAAUAGAAUGGAAUGCAUAGAGGAAGGAAACACUGCAACUGCAGAUGAGGAAGAUAUAUCAGAGCAAUUAAUACCUGAUCUAAAUCAGACAGAACCCUCAAACAGUACAGGAACAAAUCUUCUUUCUUCGUCCCUUCCAAAAAAUGAGGUCCUCCCUCUCCUCCGAUCACUCAAUUCGAAACAAAGAAAAAUAUUUAAUAAAGUGAGAGACUGGUGUAUCAGGAAAAAAAAUGGUCACAGUCCAGAUCCAUUUCAUGUGUUUGUAACUGGUGGUGCUGGUACAGGGAAAAGCCAUUUGAUAAAAUGCAUAUAUUAUGAAGCAACAAGAUUAUUGGCACACGUAUCAGAAAACCCUGAUGAUUUGACUGUUUUGUUGACUGCGCCAACCGGUACUGCAGCAUUUAACAUCAAUGGACUAACAAUACAUAGUGCACUUGGCAUAUUCAAAUCAUUGUCAGUAGAUCAUGCUUUAUUGAGUGAGGAUAAAGUGAAUAAGCUGAGGUCCAAACUGGACAGUUUAGAGAUACUUAUCAUUGAUGAGGUAUCCAUGGUUAACAAGAGAUUGUUAUUCUUUGUCCAUGAGAGACUGCGGCAACUGAAAAAAAUGCCUGAAAGUUGUGUGUUUGGAGGCGUGUCUGUAAUUGCUGUAGGCGAUUUUUACCAAUUACCACCAGUGAAAACAAAACGCUCUGAUAAGUUGUAUGUAAAUGAUCCUUCAAAUCCAAUCAAUCAACUUUGGAAUGACUUGUUCACAAUCGUUGAAUUGGAUGAAAUUAUGAGACAGCGAGAAGAUGGUUCUUUUGCGGAGCUGUUGAACAGAUUGCGUGUGAAAAAAGGGAGUGAAACAUUAUUGGAGUCCGACAAACAGUCAUUACAGCAGUGCAUCAGAGAGGGUCCCAGAGAAGCUUUACACAUAUUUUCAACCAAUGAGGAAAUUAAUGAAUACAACAAUAAAAUGAUAUUUGAAGUUUGUUCUGAGCCAAAAUUGAUAGAGGCAGAAGACUACGUGAAAAUGAGAGCAUCUGGAAAGCUGGCAAGGAGAGAAACACAGUUUACAAAAUCUGACAUAUGUCUUCGACCUUCGCUUUUGUUAGCAGAUGGAGCAAGAGUCAUGUUGAUUAAAAAUGAAGAUGUGCAAGAUGGUCUUGUAAAUGGAGUGAUGGGAACUGUUAUGGGCAUUGAGAUAAAGUCAGGCUCAAAUUUACCAGACGUGGUUUUUAUCGCAUUUGACAAUGAGAAUGUUGGCAAAAAUGCUAAAAUUCAAAAGAUGAUUAACAGGAAAAGAUGUGUUGGACUAUGUCCUUCAACAGAAGAAAUUCCUAUCAGAAACGGUGUAAGAAAGCAAUAUCCUCUGCAACUGGCGUGGGCUUGUACCGUUCACAAGGUUCAAGGAUUAACCGUAAAUGAAUGUGUAGUUGACUUAAAUAGAUGUUUUGCACCUGGACAAGCAUACGUUGCCUUGAGCAGAGUCACAUCCAUUAGUGGACUGCAUAUAAAUGUCACAGAUAUUGGCAAACUUGACAAGAAAAUACGCUGUGAUCCGGACAUUUGUGUUGGAACCUCUGCAAUGAAUAGCUUCUUAUCAGUCCAAGAUGAUCAACAAUUUUCAAACGAUCAUAUCAAGAUUUUGUAUCACAAUAUACAAGGACUACAACAGCACAAAGACGAUUUGCUAUGCAAUAUUGAAAUCAAAGAUUCAGAUUUUAUAUGUCUUACAGAAACCUGGUUGGAUUCCAAAUCAAAGUUCAUGGAGCUGGAACAUUUUGAAGCGAGUCAUUUGAUAAGGUCAUCAGCUUAUGAUGAAAGCUGCUCAUUCUAUAAAGAACUAGCAGGAUUGCAACACGGAGGUGUAAGCGUAUUCUGUAAGUCAGGAGUCAUAUACGAGGAACUGAAAAUUGUUGAAAAUCUAGAGUGCAUUGUAUUCAAAAUUGGAAAUAUUGACACUGUAGUUGCCAGCAUAUACAGACCUCAAAGAUAUUUGAUUGGAAAAUUUAUGGAAGCACUAAAGCUACUCCUAAGCCGACUGGAAAGACUUUCAAGGAAGUUGAUUGUCAUUGGAGAUUUUAAUCAAGAUCUUUUGAACCAUCAGACAUCAAUACUUAGCUUCAUGACAUCAAAUGGAUUCAGACAAUGCCUAGAAAAUCCAACAACAGAAAAUGGAACAUUGAUUGACCAUGUUUACAUUAAAGGUUGUCCAGAAUUUCAUGUUUCAAUUAUUCCGACUUACUACAGUUAUCACGAAGCAAUAGCACUUUAUAUUAAGACGUAA